GCGGACUGGGGUUUUGUGGUGGGUUGGUAGGGUGGUGGUGGUAGAAGGGGUCACCAAAUGGCGGCGUCCAACUGGGGCGGCGGCGGCGGCGCGUGGAACACGGUCUCCGGGCGCCACCUUGCGGGAGCGCCCCCGGGCUCCCGCAAGGUGGCGCUGCAACCUGCUCACCACCGCGGCGGAGGCGAGGGCCCGAACCCGGCGGGGGCGGUGGCGGUGGGCGAGGUCUCCGAGGGGGUGGAGGGGCUCAAGAUUGCGGACGGGGAGAGGAGGCUGGACAAGUACGACAUCCCUGUGGAGGUGAGCGGGGAGGGCGCGCCGGCGCCGGCAGACGGGUUCGAGGCGGCCGGGCUUUCGGAGGCCGUGCUCCGGAACGUGGCGCGGUGCGGGUACGAGAGCCCCACGCCCGUGCAGCGGUACGCGAUGCCGAUCGUGAUGGCCGGGAGGGACCUCAUGGCGUGCGCGCAGACCGGGUCCGGGAAGACGGCCGCGUUCUGCCUCCCCGUGGUGAGCGGGCUCGUGGCGGCGGCGGCGUCGGGAGGGAGCGGAGGCGGGCGACGGGACAGGGGGUCAUUCGACCGCGCUGCGAAGCCACGCGCGCUCGUGCUCGCGCCCACCAGAGAGCUUGCAGCGCAGAUUAAUGAGGAGGCCAAGAAGUUUUCUUUCCAAACUGGACUCAGAGUUGUGGUGGCCUAUGGCGGAACGCCAAUGUAUAACCAGCUGCGCGAUCUAGAGAGAGGUGUCGAUAUUCUUGUUGCUACUCCUGGACGCCUUGUGGACAUGGUUGAAAGAUCAAGGAUCUCUCUUGAGGUAAUUAAGUACCUGGUAAUGGAUGAGGCUGACAGAAUGCUGGAUAUGGGGUUUGAGCCUCAGAUAAGAAAGAUAGUUGAUAUGAUGAAUAUGCCAAAAAAGUCUGUGAGACAAACUAUGCUCUUCAGUGCAACAUUCCCACCAGAAAUACAGAGACUGGCUUCUGAUUUCUUGUCAAACUAUAUAUUUAUCACUGUCGGGAGGGUGGGGUCAAGCACUGACUUGAUUGAGCAGAAAAUUGAGUUUCUCAAUGAUGGAGAGAAAAGAGGCUUCCUGCUAGAUCUUUUACACAAGCAAUAUGUUGGUGUGGCUAAUAGCAAGUUGCAGCAACCUCUAACUCUGGUCUUUGUCGAGACGAAGCGGGAAGCUGACUCAUUAAGGUAUUGGCUAUACUCAAAAGGUUUCCCUGCAACAGCGAUCCAUGGUGACAGGACACAGCAGGAGAGGGAGAGUGCUCUGAGAUCCUUCAAGAGUGGUGCCACUCCGAUCAUGGUCGCCACUGAUGUAGCCUCAAGGGGUCUGGACGUCCCGAAUGUGGCUCAUGUGAUCAACUACGACCUCCCAAAGAGCAUAGAGGACUACGUCCACAGGAUCGGAAGAACAGGGAGAGCCGGAAAGGCGGGGACCGCCACUGCCUUCUUCACCGAGUCCAACUACCCCCUGGCGAAGGGCCUGCUAGAGCUGAUGACCGAGGCGAAGCGGGAUGUGCCCAAAUGGUUAGUGGAGUACGCGGACAGGCCGUGCUACAGCGGAUCAAGCUACAGUGGAAGAGGCCGUAGGUCCAGUGGCGGCCGCAGGUAUGGCGACAGAGACUAUCGCCGCAGCAGUGACUACGCUGAUGGUGGCGGCUACUCUGGCAACGGCGGUGGCUACUCUCGCGGCGGCGGCGGCUACUCUCGCGGUGGCGGCGGCGGCGGCAGCUCCUACGGAGAAGAUGCUCCUCCACAGUACUAUCCGUCGUACGCCAUGGGCACCACUGACAUCAGCGCCUCUGGCUGGGACUAGCCAGCGCGCGAGUACGCAUCCUCAGUGCACAUACCUUAUAGAUAUAUAGCCCUGCUAAAAUGCUAAAUACGUAGGCUCGUCUGAAUUAACUCGGUCUUCGCUGGUCCUUUUGCUUUGCCGGUCAUGCUUUGUCCUGUGACAUACAUUACCAAGGUGGUGGUGCACAGCGGCAAGUGGCAGACGUUUCAAGUUGGGUGUUUGGGUUUUGCAUGGGUUUGGCGGUGAUGUUGCGACGAAGGGAACCCACUUGGUGAUUAAACUCGAAGGUUAUAUGCGUUAUUACUCUGGUCUGUAAGGGGAGUGUGACACUGCUGUAUUGCUCUGCACGGGUGGUUAAGAAAGACUCUUUUAAGUA